AUGACUUCUAAACUUCAGCAUGAUCGCUGUGUUCUAGAACAAAACAAUACUUUGUCUCUCGCGGUUGUUAUCGGGGUUGUGGGUUCCUCACUUUACGAAAAGAGCAACAGUCACUGCCCAUUCCAUCAAAAACUUAUAGUUUAGAGUUAAGAAACGCAAAGAACAUGGCAAGUUCAUCCGGAUUUCGAGCGGCUUCUGCGGGAAGAUUUCCAGACUCAACAUGGCGGGCUGGAACUCCAAGUCUUUAUCACGAGAAAUGUACUCCUCAAAAGGAGAGAGUUAGGUCUGCUCCUCCAAAAACCCAUGCGCAGAGAGAGUAUGCCAGGUGUAAUUUCGUUAGAACCGAUGAGAUUUGGAAGAAUCGUUGUCGGAACGAAGGAAAAAUGACAAGAAAAUGGGAGGAGAAUUGGGGAUUUCUGAAAGAUUAUGACCCAAAGGGAAGACUCAAGCCAAAACAAGAACUACCAGAAAAAGUGAGUGUCUUCUCUGACAAAGUUCCAAACACAACUAGUCAUCAAUUUGGACACAGAGUAAAGAGUGCACCAGCAAGAACGAUGCAAAAAUUUGAACAACUCAUUAGCUACAGGACAAAGACGCAUAAGGAGUUAAUGUGCUAUGAUUGACAGUAUCAGUCAAGGUAUAGGUACCUUAAUAUGUGAGCAGAUAAAGUUCUGUAGCUUAAAAGGUUAUAACUUGCUUUGCAAAAUAUUUGCAGAAGAAUAUUUCUAAUAACAUGCUGAUAGCCAAAAGUUUUGUACAGUUUCUAUUCAGUUUUAAAGUAAAAUACCAAGAUAAUAUUUUGGCCAACAAAAUUUGUUGCACAUAUAUGUACUGUAUAUUUGGUGUUAAUGUUUUCAACAUUAUUUACUGUAACCAUGUGAUGAAUACUUCUACAUAUUUUUAAAAGAGUAUAUAAGCACUAUGUAAAAGUGUUCUGGAAUAAAAUAAGUUUUUGGGAAUUGUUUAGAAGGAAUAAUGCCUUAGAACAGAUGACGCUCAAGAGAAAAAAUGACAGAAAAGAAGUAAUGUCAUUUUUGUUGUGGAACAAUGCAGAAAUGGCGGUUGAAAGAGCAGUUUUUUGUUGUGAAUUGUAUAAAACUAAGAUAAUACUGAAAUAAAUAAAGAUAUUUAUGGAUAA